AUGAUUCUCCUGGUGAUGCUCAUGAAGGACAAGGUGCUGACAUAUGCUGCCACAUGUGAUGGAAAGUCAGAUGUUCGAUAUCCAUUGUGUCAAGCAUGUGCACGAGCGGCCCUUCAAUCGAUGGAAGAACGUCGGCUGCGUUUGGAACAGGAUCAUAAAACGUUGUCCAUGUUGGAACGCGAGCUUCAAAGAUUAGCUAUCAUAAAAGGAGAUCUCGACAUGUCCGACGAUGACAUGGCACGAUGGAGACGCGAGCACGACCGCCUCGAGCAUGACGUCGACGCCGUGCACAAUGCAUGCAAGGAGACAUGUGCGGAAAUUCGCAAGACAGACAUUGAAGUCGAACAGGUCCGGUAUGCGCUUGAAACACUGAGCUAUAUGGAGGCAAAAAUGGCGAAGGAAGAGCAGGAGUUAUGGUAUGUCUAUCAUGAUAAGGCGAUGGAACUUGAACGUUGUGCCUCGAGUAAGGCUUGUCUCAACGCUGAAUUCGUGCAUAUGCAAAAACAACUUGCAUCCCUGGAGCAGUCGUGUGCAUACAGGGACGUAUUUUGCAUUGAGCAAGAUGCUUAUGGAAUAGGCACUAUUAAUGGCCUUCGUCUCGGCAGACACACUGGAACUCGCGCCAGACCAAAUGAACAAGUGCCAUGGUCGGAGAUCAAUGCUGCGUGGGGUCAAACAGCACUUCUGCUUACGGUAUUACAACGCAAGCUUAACUAUGCAAGUCGCGUAUACAAAGUGGUGGCACGUGGCUCGUUCAGCGUUGUUGAACGACUGGAGCCUGACCACGCAGUCUUUGAGCUGUAUGCUACCAGCGAGUGGCAGCUCGGACGAUUAUUUCACGCACGCCGAUUCGACUGUGCCAUGCUGGGCUUCCUAACAUGCGUGCAAGAAAUCUACAUGCAUGCUAAAUCUCUUUAUAAUGAUCUUGAGAUACCCUACCCUAUUCAUUCUGAUUGUAUUGGUGGAAUCAGCAUCCGGCUUCAGUUCCAUGAGCCAGCAGCAUGGAAUCGUGCAACUCGAUACCUCCUUGAAACUCUCGAUUGCCUCCUGUCCUGGACACUCACCUGUUUGAAGUGA